CAGCGGCUGUGGCUGUGAGAGGAGGGUGAACAGCGAUGGCGGCGGUCGCGGCGAGUCCCGCGGCGGCUGCAGCCAUAGCCGAGGACUCAGAGCCACAGCUCGAAGCGGUGCCAGGCCUGGAGAACCAGUGGCGCCAGAUCGAGAGCCCCGAGAGUGGGCGAAAGCGUCCACUGAGGGCCGGUGAAAGCUGGUUUCUCGUGGAGCAGCACUGGUACAAACAGUGGGAAGUCUAUGUGCAGGGAGGAAACCAGGACUCCAGUACCUUCCCCGGCUGCAUCAACAAUGCUGAGCUCUUUGAAGACCACAUAAACUGGCGCCUCAGGAAGGGACUGGUGGAAGGUGAGGAUUAUGUGUUGCUCCCAGCGGAUGCGUGGCACUACCUGGUCAACUGGUACGGUCUAGAGCAUGGCCAGCCACCCAUUGAACGCAAGGUUGUGGAACUGUUCAGCAUUUACAAGGUCGAAGUGUACCCAGUAGAACUGCUGCUUGUUCAGCACAGUGAUAUGGACACACCUCACACUGCUCAAUUCAGCCACACAGAUUCUGUUGACCUAGUAUUGCACAGAGCUCGCGAGCAGUUUCUGGUGAGCCCCCAGGAAGAGACACGUCUGUGGGUCAAGAACACCGAGGGCUCUUUCGAGAGGUUGUGCAACACACGCGUCACAGUGCUCGAAGCUGCGCUCAAGACCGGACAGGUGGUCAUCAUGGAGACCCGGAACAAGGAUGGCACUUGGCCCAGUGCACAGCCACAUGCCCCAAACAGUGCGUUGGAGGAGGAGGAGGACUUCCAGGGCCAGCCUGGCAUCUGUGGGCUCACCAAUCUGGGCAACACUUGCUUCAUGAACUCAGCCCUGCAGUGCCUCAGCAAUGUGCCACAGCUCACCGAGUACUUCCUCAAAAACCGCUACUUGGAGGAACUCAACUUCUGCAACCCUCUGGGCAUGAAAGGGGAGAUUGCAGAGGCUUACGCAGACCUGGUGAAACAGGCCUGGUCCGGCCACCACCGCUCCAUCGUGCCCCAUGUGUUCAAGACGAAGGUUGGCCACUUUGCGUCCCAGUUUCUGGGCUACCAGCAGCAUGACUCACAGGAACUGCUGUCAUUCCUCCUGGAUGGUCUGCACGAGGACCUCAAUCGUGUCAAGAAGAAGGAAUAUGUGGAGCUGUGUGAUGCUGCUGGGCGACCAGAUCAGGAGGUUGCUCAGGAGGCCUGGCAGAACCACAAACGCCGGAACGAUUCUGUUAUCGUGGACACUUUCCACGGCCUCUUCAAGUCCACGCUGGUGUGCCCCGAUUGUGGCAACGUGUCUGUGACCUUCGACCCCUUCUGCUACCUCAGUGUCCCACUGCCUGUCAGCCACAAGCGGGUCAUGGAGGUCUUCUUUGUCUCCAUGGAUCCCCGCCGCAAGCCAGAGCAGCACCGACUCGUGGUCCCCAAGAAAGGCAAGAUCUCGGAUCUGUGUUUGGCUCUGGCCAAACAUACUGGUGUUUCGCCAGAAAGGAUGAUGGUGGCCGAUGUCUUCAGUCAUCGCUUCUAUAAGAUCUACCAGCUGGAGGAAUCCCUGAGCAGCAUCUUGGACCGGGAUGAUAUCUUCAUAUAUGAGGUGUCAGGCCGGGCUUCUAUUGGUGAGAACUCCAGAGAGGACGUCGUGCUCCCCAUCUACCUGCGGGAGCGCACCCCAGCCCGGGACUACAACAACUCCUACUAUGGCCUGAUGCUCUUUGGCCACCCGCUCCUCGUGUCGGUGCCCCGAGACCGACUCUCCUGGGAUGCCCUGUAUCACAUCCUGCUGUACCGCCUCUCACGCUAUGUGACCAGACCCAGCUCUGAUGACGAAGAUGAUGGAGAUGAUAAAGACAUGGAGGAUAAGGGCAACGUCCCCAAGCCUGCACAUGCGGCUGGGGGCAGCUCCCAGGACCCUGGGCUGGAGCAGGCUGGACCCAGCUCUGGAGUUGUGGGUGGAAGCCGGGCCCCCGUGGACAACUCCCCAGGAUCAUCUCACUGGCCCCAGAGGGCGCGGCGCAAGCACCUGUUCACCCUGCAGACAGUGAAUUCCAAUGGGACCAGCGACCGCUCGACCUACAAUGAAGAUACUCAUGCCCAGCCGUACAUUGCCAUCGACUGGGAGCCAGAGAUGAAGAAGCGUUACUAUGACGAGGUGGAGGCUGAGGGCUACGUGAAGCACGACUGUGUGGGCUAUGUGCUGAAGAAGGCUCCGGUAAGGCUGCAGGAGUGCAUUGAGCUCUUCACCACUGUGGAGACCCUGGAGAAGGAAAACCCCUGGUACUGCCCCACCUGCAAGCAGCACCAGCUGGCCACCAAGAAGCUGGACCUGUGGACGCUGCCUGAGACGCUCAUUAUCCACCUGAAGCGCUUUUCCUACACUAAGUUCUCCCGAGAGAAGCUGGACACCCUUGUGGAGUUUCCUAUCCGGGACUUGGACUUCUCUGAGUUUGUCAUCAAGCCACAGAACGAGGCGGCUCCCGAGCUGUAAUACGAUCUCAUCGCAGUUUCCAACCAUUAUGGGGGCCUGCGUGAUGGACACUACACGACGUUUGCCUGCAACAAGGACAGUGGCCAGUGGCACUACUUUGAUGACAACAGCGUGUCGCCUGUGACUGAAAAUCAGAUCGAGUCCAAGGCGGCCUACGUCCUCUUCUAUCAACGCCAGGAUGUGGCACGUCGCCUGCAGACCCAGCCUGACAUAUCUGACCCCCCAGCAUCCUCUGCCUGUGGCUCCCCACCCACCUCUGAGUUCAUGGAUGUGAACUGAGGGCCCUUGCCCGCCAUGGAAAAGGAAACCAUCUCUGCUCUUCUUUCCUUAUCCACCCCG